GGCCUCUCCGCCGCGCCGCAGGGGGGCGGCACCUCGUUUACCAAAUCCUCGCUCACAGGAAACGAUGGCUGACUCUGUCGAUUCUUCAGCCAAUCUCGGCACGCCUUGACCCCUCCCUCUCUCUUAUUGGAUGCACAAGAGGGCAACGAGGCGGAUGUUGUCGUCUCUGCGAGGGCCCAAACCGGCAAGAUGGCGUCGAGUGGCGGGGAGAUUGGGGGCGUAUUCGACCACCACGUCCAAAAGGCUGUGUGCGACUCGCGGGCCAAGUAUCGGGAGGGGCGACGGCCUCGCGCUGUCAAGGUAUAUACAGUCAAUUUGGAAUCUCGGUACUUAUUAAUACAAGGAGUUCCUGCAGUGGGAGCGAUGAAGGAAUUAGUUGAGCGAUGUGCUUUAUAUGGUGCAAUUGAACAGUAUAAUGCUCUAGACGAAUACCCAGCAGAAGACUUUACAGAAGUUUAUCUUAUUAAAUUUCUUAAUUUACAAAGUGCAAGGAUAGCCAAGAGAAAAAUGGAUGAACAAAGUUUCUUUGGUGGAUUGCUUCAUGUGUGCUAUGCUCCAGAAUUUGAGACAGUUGAAGAAACCAGAAAAAAAUUACAAGAGAGGAAUGCUUAUGUAGCAAGAACUACUAAAAAUAAAGAUCAUUACAUGACAAAGAAGCAUAAAGAUACAAAAGAUUUUAGACAGGACUUCCAUUCGAAGACCUCUGGAUUUCCUGCAGCCUCUUUGAACACAUCUAUUGGGAACUCAGAUCUUUGUCUUCCUUAUUCUUGUGAGUUGCCUUUGUGCUAUUUCUCCCCCAAAUGUACAUGUUCAUCAGGAGAACAUGUGGACAGAGCAUCAAAUUCCUCUCAGGAUGGUAGAAACCAUGAUGAAACACUGGAGCAUUGUAACCACUAUGACUCCCUGCAGAAAAUGCAGAUGAAAAGUUUGAAAAAUUCAUUGGCCUUCCCUGGUGCACAGAAGGCUAUUACUACUUCAGAGGCAGUUGACAGAUUUAUGCCUAGGACAACACAACUGCAGGAGCGGAAAAGAAGAAGAGAAGAUGAUUGUAAACAUGGAACUCUUCUUGAAGCAAGUACAAGUAGUAAUGAGGUUAUGAUUGGCCCUCAGUUACCAGACAUUCCUAAAGUGGACAUGCAUGAUGACUCGUUGAAUACAACAGCGAGUUUAAUUCGGAAUAAACUUAAAGAGGUAUUUCAUCUGUGCCGAAGCCUCCAGAGGACAAGCUGGAAGAUGUGCGUGGAAGUCAUCCUUUAAAACAAAGAAGAAGAAUAUAAAUUGUCUGCAGUAAACUAAUAUUUUUAAAGGCCUAUUUAUUUUUUAUUUUUAGGCUGUCAUUUUAAUUCUUAAAGAGAUUUUACUGCUGGUAUUUUUUUUAAUGCACUCCUCUUUGUAAUUUCAUUCAACCUACUUGUCUCAUAUAGUUUCAUCUUUUAAAAUUAGUUUAUCAUGGACAAAAUACAUGCCAGCCAAUUAUGUCCCUUAAAAAAACUAAAACUUUUCCAGAAGUUCCACCCAG